AUGUUGUAUAUGAUUGGUUUGGGUCUUGCCUACCCCGAAGAUAUAACAGUGAGGGGAUUGGAAGCAGUCAAAAAAUGUAAGAAGGUUUUCCUUGAAGGAUACACAUCUAUUCUGAUGGACGCAACAAAGGAGUCGUUAGAGAAGUUUUAUGGAAGGAAAAUUACAAUAGCCUAUAGGGAAACCGUCGAGUCGCAGUCUGAUGAGAUUCUUGCAGAUGCCAAGGAGGAUAACGUUGCGUUUUUGGUUGUUGGUGAUGUGUUUGGUGCCACAACACAUACAGAUCUGGUUAUUAGAGCCAGGGAACAAGGUAUUCAAGUUGAAUGCAUUCACAAUGCUUCAGUGAUGAAUGCAGUUGGAGCAUGUGGAUUACAGUUAUAUAAGUUUGGCCAGGCUGUGUCAAUAGUUUUCUUCACGGAUUCAUGGAGACCAGAUUCGUUUUAUGAAAAGAUCAUGGAAAAUAGACGUAUUGGACUGCACACACUUCUUCUUUUGGAUAUUAAGGUGAGGGAGCCUGAUUUUAAGGAGCUCAUGAAGGGACAUCUUACGUACGAGCCUCCAAGAUACAUGUCUGUUGCACAGUGCUGUCAAGAACUUCUAGAAGUGGAAGAAAAGAAGCAGGAAGGUGCAUACACUCCCGAUACUCCAUGUGUUGCCAUUUCACGUUUAGGAAGUUCCGAGCAAUCAUUUAAGGCUGCAACAUUAAAGCAGUUGUCCGAAUAUGAUGCCGGAAAGCCAUUGCAUUCCGUUGUCAUGUUGGGUCAUCAAGUCCAUGAUUUGGAACUUGAGUAUCUUCUUGACUAUGCUGAUGAUAAGGAGGCAUUUAAAGCUGCCGUGAAGAAAGAUCAACAGCUAUUUGAAAAGGAUGAGAAGAAAGACAACUAA